AUGUGUACCCGUUUGUGCGUUUUUGUUUUUGCGUCUUUCGGUCAUGUUCUUCAUUGCAAGCAACUACAUCCACCCGAACCAACCCUCGUGUAUCCUGUGUUUCUCGAAGGCCGACGAUUGUCCGGAAGUCGCAUCCUUAAGAUCAACGAGGACAUUACGCUGAACUUGAAGAAAAGUUCUGCCCUAGUCGACGAGUUCCUAGUGAGGAGCUACGUUGACGGCAUUCGCAAGCACACAUGUCUGGAUGGGUCUUAUCUAGAAGAGGACCUGUUCCACGAUAAAGAUGCAAUGGCGUCCGUCACCGUAUCAAAUGAAGAAGGGAUACAAGUGGAAGGAAUGAUUGGAAAUAAGUUAAGAGUAAUGCCGGCGCUUGCGCAGAAACGGUCAUCAGAUGGCCGCGUUGCCCAUUGGCUUCAUGAGAUCCCCGACUCAUACGAAGGCCUUCAUAAUGACUGCGUAAUGCCUGAAAGACGUGAUCACAACAUUACAGAACAAGCAAAGAAAAAAGAUGCCAAGAAGGCAAAAAUAGGAUACCCCGAAUUAUUUUUAUUGGUUGACAAAGUAUUCUCAAAGGACUUCGUGAACGAUGAGGAAAUGAUAAAAUAUCUGUGUCGCACAUUGAACGCGGUGAAUUUAAGAUACUUGAGCGUUGAUAACCCCAAAGUGAAGUUUAAAUUUAUGGGAAGAGAGACACUUUCGAUCUGA